AUGUCGUCGCCCAGCAACACACCAGCGAUGCCUUCGGUCCCGGACUGGGCACAUCCGACACCCUCACCCUCGCUUAUGGUUCGCAUGCCAGACCCAAAAGCCUGGCAAGCUCCACAUUUUGGGUCGAUGCUAAAUGGCAAAGCUCUACCUGGAAUGGAUGUGCAGGGCUCUGAUUCGUCUCUCCGAACGCUUCUGUCACAGGUUUGUGCUCCUUUUGUGCAAGGGAUGGUGACGGCAGUGGAGCAGGUUGUCCAGCAAGAAGUGGAGCGCCAGGUAAAGUUACUUCGACAGCAGGAUAGCCACGCGUCGAUGAGCUGGCCCCGACGACAAAGUAGAGAGCACCAGCAGCAACACUACGGAAACCCUGCAGAGGGCAUGCCGUUCGGACACGUUUUCUCAGCCCAGUAUGAGCAGCAGAGCCAGGGUGCAGGCGAAGCGGACACAAUGAAGCUGGCCAGCGUGGCCUCUUUGCCUUUGCGUGAAGAAUCCUCGGAGGACGAGUGCGAGGCCGACGGGGAGAACAGAGGUCACUUCCAAGCACUUUUUGGUGGAAAAGCUCCGACUUCACACUCAAGGUCGUCAUCGUUCUCGCAACGCUCCAACGCGACCCCCUCCGAUGAUGAGGGAGAGCCUCCGGGCUUCAGCUCCCAGAUGGGAGCCGGAGCUCCCGGAGCUCCCGGAGCUCCCGGAGUUGCCGGUGCUCCCGGAGCUCCCGGAGCGCCGGUCGAUGGGGGGAAAGACCCUUUGUACCUCCACUGGUCACGAGGCCAAUCGCAUCGAGAAAGACCGUCAUUGACACCAACGGUUUCUCCUGUGACCCCCAAUGUCUCGCCCAGCGGUGGUAUCCCACGACAGGGCACGAAGCAAUCAGUGGACUCCGGCCAUCACCCUGAUGCCGGGACUUCGCAGGUAAAGUCGGCGGUUGUUUGCCGACACUGGAAGUCAAAAGGCUGGUGCAGACUUGGUGACGAAUGCAAGUUUGCCCAUCCGGAACACAAGUGUGGAGCAGGGUCGCAGAUAAAGAAGGAGAAGGACCGGCCUGUGACAACCAGCAGUGGCAGAUCAGAUGCAUCACCGCAGAGCCAGGCGAAGUCGAAGAAGAAGGCCAAAAGCGGCAAGGACCCCGAGGUCUUGUCCGGCUUGCCGGCCCUUACGCCAGGAUUGGUGCAGGCCCACAUCAGCGCCUAG